UUUCGACGUCACAAUAUGGCCGUAUUAGAGAAUCUUUUCUAGAGAAUGUUUUUCCAUUCAUCAGAAGAGAAGACAUUUUCUGAUUUACGGUUUGUUUGCGUGAUUACCCAAUGCAGGUCUGCCUAUCUGCUUGGUACUCAUUAAUUAGUCCUCCAGUUGAAAUCCCGACCGCCAAACUAUCUCCCGACCUAUAAAUAUUGAUUUUCGGAAAAUUCUAUAUUCGACCCCGACCCUUUACUAGUGUAGAAUUUGGGAGUGCGUUUCUCUUGUGAAAUCAAUCAAAAGACUCGGUUGCUUUCCCCGGAGAAUUUCUAUUGAAAAACUUCGCUGCAAAAAAGAAAUGUCUAGGCAUGAAGGUGUCAGCUGUGAUUCUUGUAUUAAAGGAAAUUUUAGGGGUUUGCGAUUCAAAUGUUUGAUAUGCUAUGACUAUGAUUUGUGUGCAACUUGUUAUGAGGCAGGAGCCACCAACACUCGCCACACUGCAGAUCACCCCAUGCAGUGUAUACUCACCAGAUCAGACUAUGAUACUUUUUAUGGAGGAGAAUCAAUCAGCUCAGAUACACCCCAGUCUUUUUCAUGCCCAUAUUGUGGGAAGCUUGGAUAUACCGAGACAGGAUUGUAUGAUCAUGUGACAUCAGACCACACAGAAACUCCUUAUGAAGUGGUAUGCCCCAUAUGUGCGUCUUUACCGGGCGGAGAGCCAAACCAGGUUACUGAAGAUUUCGCGGCCCAUCUAACUAUGGAACAUCGUGGUGGAAUUAUCGGUCACAAUGGUGUCUUACGAGAAGAAGAACCAGGAGGAAUUGGUCGAGGUGUGCGUCGCAUUCCUCAUCCAGCUCGAGGAUCUUCUGGUCCGAGAACAAGAAGACCUAAUAUGCACUUUACUUCUACUGGUUCCGUCCUGACGUCGUCCGGAAGUACGCCUGGAUCUAACUCUAGUUCUUCGCGAGAGCGUGAUCGGGAGCGUGAAAGGGAGGCCAUGGAUCCUAUUGCUGAACUCCUUUCUCAAUUGAGUGGUGUUCGUCGAGGUCUCGGGGCUUCCGGACUUGGGAGUGUUCUUGGUUUAGGCGCGCUGGGAUCAUUAGGUGGAGCUUUGGGAUCGCUAGGAGCCAACCUAAGUGGCCAAUCGCCUGGUUCCAAUAAUUCGAGUUUACCUACACCUUCUGGAAGAGGAGGGAGACUAUUAGGAUUAGUUGGAAGAGAUAAUGCAGGAGCGUUUAGUGAAUUAGUCAAUAAUGGAGCCAGUGGACAAUCCCAACCGCAAUUAGAGCGGCACCAGGCGUUGAGGUUGCCCCGGCGACAGACACAAGUCAUAUCCGCACCGUCAACGUUUUCAUCAACGAAUGUUACUACUGGUGUGACCCCCAACGGCUCCAGUUCCAUGAUACCUACCACCGCUUCAGUCGGUAGCCCCGAUUCUACAAACAAUUCUCAAUUACUCUUAUCAAGGUUGGGAAAUGUGCUAAAAGACGAUAGAAAAGAGUCAAACAGUAAGAGCUGUCAAGAUCGAAGCCUUUUCAUACAAGAUCUGAUCCUCUCAACUCUAGCUUCUGGGUUUGAGUUGGACAUUGACAGAGAUUUGACUACUCCGUUGUCUAGUGUUGAACUAUCUCGAGAUAUUUUGACUACCGAUCGACCCGAAAAGAAUGAUGUUGCAGUUUCAAGGGGAAACAAUCUUGGCGAGGCGAGUGUAGCAUCAACCGGAAGCGCUUCACAGAACACCAGCGGAAACCUCGUUGCCGAUAGUACGAGUGUAGCGUCUUCAAAUACGGCUGCGUCCGCUCUCCCAGAUGGACCACCAACCAGAGGACCCGCUUCUUCGAUUAUAAGCGGCUCUCCAUUGUCGACCAGACCCAAGCAAACGGUUCACCACACCGAACCGAAAGGGCGGCGAGUAACUCAUCACCAGGCGCCAACAUCAAGUAUGCGCAUCCCCAGUGCCUCUUCCUCUUCAAACUCGUUAUCGUCGUCUUCGCGACCGCCUGUUCACAGCUCGAGUGGUGGGAUCGGAAGUGGGUCUGUCAACUCUAUGGUCCGAUCUAGAAGUCAUGGCACCAACGGAGCUAGUGGGGCCUCUGGAUCUAGCACUGGAGCGCCCGGUGGAUUGUUAAGAAAGCCUGUCAGGCCUCAGACCAGUCAUCCUCCCCCUCCUCCUUCCUCCCACUAAUGAAAUUCUUCUUGAUAUUUGCAUUAUUUUCGUUUGAAAAUCGAGGGCGAGAGUGAAAGGGAUGACCAAAUUAUUUCUAUUCCUCGUCCAAGAAGUUAUCCGCCGCCCUAUUUGGUUAGAAACAUCUCCCCCGCCUCCCGUCCGCUACCCUUCGCACUCAACAUUGCAGUGCCUGACUGGAACAAACACAAACUGACGCGAUACUUCUACUGUGCGAAUAAAGAGAAAAAUGGAGACUAAAUUAAGCAAAUAAUUGAGGUUAAAGAAAUGAUAAUUGUUUGAAUCUUUUAAAACUACCGAGAAAAACUGUUAGGGCCAUUCAUUAUUGAGUGUGAUGGCUGCCAAAUGUAAGAAAAUGCCCUAUCCCCCCCUUCCAGUAAACCUAUGAAGGAUUGGAUUGCAGCAGCCGUGUAGCAUAUAUAUAUUCACAAACAAGAAAAAACAGCUUUCUAUUUUUUUCAUUGAUAAGGAUUUUUUCUUGUUUUUACGUUACUAAUUUUACUGAGCUGAGUGUUGAUUUGCUUUGUAGGUAACGCGCUCUCAGUUUAUAUCUGGCUGUUUUUUUUCUUUUUUUUUCUUUUUUUUUUUUUUGCAACUCUCGCUCCCACUUCUCUUAUGCAUAUAUAUUAUAUUAUAGGGAAUUUUCCGGGCCUUAAUUUCUUCUUUCACAACCAGCUGCUGGCUAGUCGAAGUGUAGAGAGAUUGAAGGAGGCGAGAGACAGAGGAAGGUUCUUUGAAUGGAUAUAUUGGAAAAUAAAAUGUUUAUUAAUCACAGAUACACACGCAAACACGUGCCCAACUUAGCCGUCAGACGCUGUUCUUUUCACCUGGAAUUGUUUUUAAAUAUUAUUUUCAGGAUGACACGUCGGACUGCCAUCGAUUCAAAUCGACAAUUGAGUUCUGUAUGAGUUUUUUAAUCCGCCUCUUUUAAUUGUAUAUCCAGCAGAUCAAUGGCGUGAAAUAAUGUGCGAGUAACCUUGUUUCCCAACGCCACUAAAAAGGAAUUUCUGUAUUGAUCAUUUCCCCAACUUUCACAUUAAGCCUUCUACUGAGUUGUUCCCUGACGACCGCCUCCCUUAUUUUUUUUCUCUUCCCUUCUUUUUUUAUAGUGGAAAUAAUUUGUUUUUCCUUGAAUCGAUUGAAUUUGCAAUCCGUGGCGCGCAUCAAUGUAAUUUACUUAUAUAGUGGUCAUAUGAUGGAUUGCCUAUAUCAAUAAAUUCAUUCAUCUAA